UUAAUCCGCUCUGAACCGAUCAACAAAACAACAGGAUCAUUUCUCGACGCAGUUAGAGCUACCAAUCCUUCAUAUACAUAAAAAUCCUCGCCUCGCGAUAGCUGUCUCCGCACAACCAGAUCCCAUGGCACCAAGCGCGAAGGGUACAAGCGCGAAGUCGCUUCUCCUUCGACCAUGGAGACUAGGGGGAAGGAGAAGCGAACCUGUGUUUCAAUGGCGUGCAUGCCAUGCCGAAAUCGCAGAUCCAAGUGCGAUGCAGUGAUGCCGACGUGCGGCUCUUGUCGAGUCCAUAACACAGAGGCGGCGUGCCAUUACAAUCCCGAUAAAGACCUCAGAACAAAGGGUGCAUUGAGGAAACUACUCGUAGACUACGGAAAGGAGAAGCGCACCAGCGACUUUAUCCUCCGAUCGAUCAGUCAAGGUUCCGAAGCCGAUGCUGCAGCAGUCGUGCAAUUGCUCCGCAACAACAAUAAACCGGAAAACUACUCUGACAUUCAGGAUCAAGUCGUUCGGAUGCUACACUCUGGUGGAAAUAUAGAAGUCGUUUCCGGACCAAUACCCAGCGGAGAAAGCGAGCCUAUGUCUGUUCUCACUCUUGACGCGUCACAGACCACGAGCAGUCAAAGUCGCCACUACGGCGCGACGUCGAACCUGGCUUUCCAGGGUGAUGAGCUUGGUCUCUCAACGAACGAACCUGCUGGUGAGGUCCCAAAUUGGACGACUGUCACCUCCGACACUGAAUUGAUUGAUCAUCUUCUGAAAGUUUAUUUUACCUGGUCGCACCCGUUUCACGUACUCUUCUCAGAGGAAUGCUUUCAUCACGGCAUGGGUGAAAAGCAGCGCAAGUAUAAGUACUGCACACCUCUUCUGAUGAAUGCUAUUCUCGCCGUUGGUUGUUGCUACUCAGAUAGACCAGAGGCCAGAAAGAAUCCAAACGAUGCAGACACCAUCGGUGACCAUUUCUUUGAGGAAGCACAGCGGCUCUUUGCUGAAGUCCCAGAUGAAGCCUCUCUCCCGAUUGUACAAGCACUUGGGCUGAUGUCUCUUCGCGAGACAAUGCACAAUCGGGUAUCAAGUGGUCGGAAAUACAUUUCUCUGAUGUCCAGCAUGGUAGCAGAACUCGGUCUCGAGCGCCCGCCAACUCCAGACAGAAGAAUUUCCGAUGCUGAAGUUGAAGUUCGCAAGAUCACAUUCUGGGGAAGCUUUGCUCUCGAAACAGCAUCCGCUAUGUGGCUGGGAAGAACGCCGUCACCUUUGAAGCCAACAGGACUUGGUCACCCCAAGCUGUCACCUGACCUCGAAAAUGUACUAUGGAAACCCUUUGGUACCCCCAACUACGACGGCGGCGAGACUGAGUUGGCCCAACCAAGCAGGAAAUACGGCGUUCUACUCCAGCUGUGUUUUCUCUCGGGGAUUGUUAAUGACUUUCUUAAUGAUUUCUACUCCUCACGGAGCGGCCUCACGUUUGAACAAUCGUGUUUGCAUCACGAAAAGCUGCAGAAAUGGCGUGUUGAUCUUCCUACAGCUCUACAAAUCAAAGAUGAUGGAAUUACGUUGCCUCAGAUUAUCACACUUCAGUGCGUCAAAUCUGCUCCGUUUGGCUUGAGUGUGUGCUGAUCCGAUUCCAGCUGUUACUAUCACAACUGCAUUAUCGUGCUACUCCGCCCUUUACUCAACGCUUUACCCCCCCAUGGUUUGAAAUCUGCACGCGGACUGUGCGGCGAAGCUGCCGGCGAGAUCUCUCAGCUGAUGGAUAUCUAUUCGCGAACCUACGGUCUGGACAAAUC